AUGGCCAGCUAUUUUAGAUCCUCUAAACCCACAGAUCCAAUGGCUGUCCCACCAUCAUACAGCGACUUGGGAAAGUCUGCCAGGGAUGUGUUCAACAAGGGAUACGGGUUUGGAAUGGUCAAGUUAGAGCUGAAGACCAAGUCUUCCAGUGGGGUGGAAUUCACCGCAACUGGUUCUUCCAACACAGACACAGGCAAGGCUUCGGGCAGUCUAGAGACCAAAUAUAAGAUCAAAGACUAUGGGCUUACGUUCACCCAGAAGUGGAACACAGACAACACGCUGGGAACAGAAGUUUCCGUGGAGGAUCAGUUGGCUGAAGGACUGAAGGUGGCUCUUGACACUACAUUUGUACCAAACACAGGGAAGAAGAGUGGAAAGUUGAAGACCUCCUACAAAAGAGAAUACGUAAAUCUCGGCUGCAACAUAGACAUCGAUGUCUCUGGACCAACCGUCUAUGGCUGGGCAGUGCUAGGCUACGAAGGCUGGCUGGCUGGCUACCAGAUGGCUUUUGAUACAGCCAAGUCUAAGCUUUCGCAAAAUAACUUUGCCUUGGGCUAUAAGGCGGGAGACUUUCAGCUGCACACUAACGUGAACGACGGCACCGAGUUUGGCGGGUCUAUUUAUCAGAAGGUUAAUAACAAGGUUGAGACGUCGGUCAAUCUGGCCUGGACUGCUGGCAGUAACAACACACGUUUUGGCAUUGCUGCUAAGUACCAGUUGGAUGAGAAGACUUCCGUUGUGGCUAAAGUGAACAAUGCCAGCCUGAUUGGAAUCGGUUACACUCAUGCCCUCCGACCAGGUGUAAAGCUGACCCUCUCGGGCUUGAUUGAUGGCAAGAACUUCAGUGCCGGAGGUCACAAAGUUGGGCUGGGAUUUGAGCUGGAAGCUUAAUGCAGCUUUAAGUAAAACAACAGGCGGUGCUCUGGGAGACGAAGGAAAAGUGUACCCAGUGUGUUUCGGCCUUAAUCUUACUCUGAAAUUUCAAGAAGUGUGAACUUUCUGCUCCUCCAAAGAAUCCUUUUAACCCAACACUGAAGUCCAGAGAGUGCCAGCACAUCAAAGGAAGAUACUUGAAGGCAUGCAUGGAAGUUGUGAUGUUUGUGCCACAUUUCACUUCAGGUUCCCGUAUUUUAAAUCUCUUCCUAAACCCCGCCUCUCCCCGUUAUUGUAUUGCAUCCUGCAUGUCCUGUACUUCACAACCUUUUAUAAAAGGUGGUCUCUGUGCUGUAGUGGAAACUUGGGUUUACGUCAGAAAUAAAUAAAUUGGUCGCAGU